CUGACCUCAAGUAAAGUAUAUAAGCAGGGCACUUUCUGAAACUUCACAACAUCAUCCUCUGAGAUUCUAAAGGCAGCAAUCUAAAAACCAAGUUUCAUCAUGGCAAUGCUGAGAAGUCUUAUGCUUCUUUUCAUUUUGUUCUCCAUGGGGAACGCAGAAGUUCAUUUAGUACAAAAAUGCCCCCAUGGAUGGACAAAUUUUGGAGUCCGAUGCUACAAGUUCUUCUCUCAGCCAGUCAACUGGGUCACAGCAGAGAGGGAAUGCCAAAGUCUGGAUGCAAAUCUCGCAUCUGUACAUAGUAAAAUAGAACAUGAUUUUCUCCUGAGUCUGUUGCCUUCUUCCUCCACACGCUGUUGGUUUGGUACUCAUGAUGGUGAACAAGUAGGAGGUUGGUUGUGGACUGAUGGAACUCCAUUUGACUUCACCUACUGGGCCCCUGGACAACCUGACGGUCAGCAAACCGAGAACUGUGGGGAGUUCAACUUCGACAGUAACCGUUGGAACGAUAUAGCCUGUUCAACCUCACUGGGUUAUGUUUGUGCUAAAUACCUGUGAGAUCACAUGCAGUCAUCCUGCUCCACGGUUACUUUGAUUUUACUACAUUUACAUGUUCUGAUCUUACAUGUUCUGAAGUGUUAUUCUGAAAUUAAACUUUUCUUAAAUAUUUUCUCAACUUCUAAAUACUGAAACACUACUC